AUGGGCCAGAUGCCUUGCAGCAGCUCAUCGCCGGCUCACUCAGGUUUCUCUUCUCGGUUCGACUCUCGGAGAUCUCGCAAUGGCCUCGUCCUGGCGGGAGCAUACCUUGCCGCCCUUGCCUUCUUCACGCUGCUGGUCAUCGCCGUCGAUGACUCUCCAAGGAAGCAAUACUCGGUUCUUGAUGAUGACGUGCAAGACCCGCUCGCCGACCUCGAUACGAGCAAGCACGAGUGGACCGACAGCCAUGGCAGUGGCUACGACCCUGAGCAGCAGAACGUCUUUGCAGACUCCGACGCCUUCGAUAUUCCGUUCGUGGGAUACGCCCCCAAGGACUUGAAGUGGAGGGCUCCCUCCCAGCCCGAGGAAAACGUGUUGGACUACCUGCCUUCGGGGAAGUACUCAGAGCCCAAGUCGAUGGAGCUCCGCGCGCUGCUGGGGCCCUAUGAUCCUCCCAAGAACACCUGGGACAACAUGCCGUUGGACUACUGAUAAGACAAUGAGGAUGGUGGAUGAGAAGCAGGCGCAGUGAUGGAGCGGAGAGGAGAGGAGAGGGAGAGGAGAGGAGAGGAGGGAAGAGGAGGAGGAGGAGGAGGCGGCGGAGUAGGACAAAGAGAGUUUGUGGUAUGGACCCGUUGGAUCUCGGAAAGGCGGAUGAAGGAUGGAC